GAGGUGGCCAAGUUGGAGAAGCACUUGAUGCUUCUCCGGCAAGAAUAUGUCAAGCUUCAAAAGAAACUGGCGGAGACAGAGAAAAGAUGCACUCUUUUGGCAGCACAAGCAAACAAGGAAAGCAGCAGUGAGUCGUUCAUCAGCCGCUUGCUGAGCAUAGUGGCUGACCUCUAUGAGCAGGAGCAGUACAGUGAUCUGAAGAUCAAGGUUGGGGACAGGCACAUCAGUGCUCACAAGUUUGUUCUGGCAGCCCGCAGUGACAGGUGGAGUCUGGCCAACUUGUCUUCCACUGAGGAGCUGGACUUGUCAGAUGCUAAUCCUGAAGUGACAAUGACAAUGCUUCGCUGGAUCUAUACAGAUGAAUUGGAGUUCAGAGAGGAUGAUGUGUUCCUGACUGAACUGAUGAAACUAGCAAAUCGGUUUCAACUACAGCUCCUUAGGGAGAGAUGUGAGAAGGGUGUUAUGUCUCUGGUGAAUGUUAGGAACUGCAUUCGCUUCUAUCAGACUGCGGAGGAGCUAAAUGCCAGCACACUGAUGAACUACUGUGCGGAGAUUAUUGCUAGUCACUGGGAUGAUUUGCGAAAGGAGGACUUUAGUAGCAUGAGUGCUCAGUUAUUGUACAAAAUGAUCAAAUCCAAGACAGAAUACCCAUUACAUAAAGCUAUCAAAGUGGAAAGAGAAGAUGUGGUCUUCCUUUAUCUGAUUGAGAUGGAUUCACAGCUCCCAGGGAAGCUGAAUGAAGUGGAUCAUAACGGAGAUCUUGCCUUAGAUCUUGCACUGUCACGACGACUUGAGAGUAUUGCCACCACACUGGUUAGUCAUAAAGCAGAUGUAGAUAUGGUAGACAAGAAUGGCUGGAGUUUGUUACAUAAAGGAAUCCAAAGAGGAGAUGUCUUUGCCUCUACUUUCCUUAUUAAGAAUGGGGCCCUCGUCAAUGCUGCUACAUUAGGGGCUCAGGAGACACCGUUACACCUUGUGGCAUUGUACAGUUCAAAGAAACACUCCGCAGAGAUGAUGUCUGAGAUGGCACAGAUUGCAGAGGCCCUUCUGCAGGCUGGCGCCAACGCCAACAUGCAGGACAGCAAGGGCAGGACACCAUUACACUUGUCCAUCAUGGCCAGGAACGAAUACGUGUUUAACCAGCUGCUGCAGUGUAAACAAUUAGAUUUAGAACUGAAAGACCACGAGGGCAGCACAGCUCUGUGGCUUGCAGUGCAGUACAUCACGGUGACUUCGGACCAGUCUGUGAACCCAUUUGAGGACCUCCCCGUGGUAAAUGGGACAUCAUUUGAUGAGAACAGCUUUGCAGCCAGACUCAUUCAGUGUGGCAGCAACACUGAUGCCCCCGAUACAGUGACAGGAAAUUGUUUACUACAGCGGGCAGCUGGAGCAGGAAAUGAGGCAGCAGCUCUUUUCCUGGCAACCAAUGGUGCCCAUGUCAACCACAAAAACAAGUGGGGAGAAACUCCAUUGCAUACAGCUUGUCGCCAUGGCCUGGCCAACCUCACGGCAGAACUCCUGCAGCAAGGUGCCAACCCAAACCUGCAGACAAAGGAGGCUGUGCCUUUUUCAAAGGAAGCUGCAUCCCUGACCAGCUCCAUGGACAGUGUCUAUCUGCAGACACCGCUACACAUGGCAAUUGCCUAUAAUCAUCCAGAUGUGGUGUCUGUCAUUCUCGAGCAGAAAGCCAAUGCUCUUCAUGCUACCAACAACUUGCAAAUUAUUCCGGACUUUAGCCUCAAGGAUUCCCGAGACCAGACUGUUCUGGGCCUGGCAUUAUGGACUGGCAUGCAUACGAUCGCAGCCCAGCUGCUGGGCUCUGGGGCUUCCAUCAAUGACACCAUGUCAGAUGGGCAGACUCUGCUGCACAUGGCUAUCCAGCGGCAGGACAGCAAGAGUGCACUCUUCCUCUUGGAGCAUCAGGCAGAUAUAAACAUCAGGACUCAGGAUGGCGAGACAGCCCUUCAGCUGGCCAUCAGAAAUCAACUUCCGCUUGUGGUUGAUGCCAUCUGCACCCGAGGAGCCGACAUGUCUGUUUCAGAUGAGAAGGGGAACCCCCCGCUGUGGCUUGCAUUGGCAAAUAAUCUGGAAGACAUCGCAUCUACUCUGGUCAGACAUGGCUGUGAUGCCACAUGCUGGGGUCCAGGACCUAGCGGGUGCCUUCAAACACUCUUGCAUAGAGCCAUUGAUGAAAACAACGAGUCCACUGCCUGCUUUCUUAUUCGCAGUGGCUGUGAUGUGAAUAGUCCCCGACAACCGGGUGCUGAUGGAGAGGGAGAGGAAGAGGCCAGGGAUGGGCAGACCCCUCUGCAUUUGGCAGCCUCCUGGGGGCUGGAAGAAACAGUGCAGUGUCUUCUGGAAUUUGGUGCCAAUGUAAACGCACAGGAUGCAGAGGGAAGGACACCUAUCCAUGUGGCCAUCAGCAACCAGCACUGUGUCAUCAUUCAGUUGUUGAUUUCUCACCCUAAUAUCCACUUGAAUGUACGAGACAGACAAGGACUGACCCCAUUUGCUUGUGCCAUGACUUACAAGAACAACAAGGCGGCAGAGGCCAUUCUGAAACGCGAGUCUGGGGCUGCAGAGCAGGUGGAUAACAAGGGCCGGAAUUUUCUUCAUGUGGCAGUUCAGAACUCUGAUAUUGAAAGUGUCCUGUUCCUAAUCAGUGUCCAGGCUAAUGUGAAUUCCAGAGUCCAGGAUGCUUCCAAGUUGACCCCUUUGCACCUUGCUGUCCAGGCAGGCUCAGAGAUUAUCGUCCGCAAUUUGCUUCUUGCAGGAGCCAAGGUGAAUGAACUAACCAAGCACCGCCAGACUGCCCUCCAUCUCGCUGCCCAGCAGGACCUGCCGACCAUCUGCUCAGUCCUCCUAGAGAAUGCAGUGGACUUUGCUGCCGUGGAUGAGAAUGGAAAUAAUGCUCUUCAUCUCGCUGUCAUGCAUGGUCGGCUCAACAACAUCCGGGUUCUCCUGACAGAGUGCACAGUGGAUGCAGAAGCCUUUAAUCUGAGAGGCCAGUCACCACUGCACAUUUUGGGACAGUAUGGCAAAGAGAAUGCGGCGGCCAUCUUUGAUCUCUUCUUAGAGUGCAUGCCUGAGUAUCCUCUAGAUAAGCCAGACAUGGAAGGAAACACAGUGUUGCUCUUAGCAUACAUGAAAGGGAAUGCCAACUUGUGCCGUGCCAUCGUCCGAUCUGGGGCUCGCCUGGGAGUGAAUAAUAACCAAGGAGUCAACAUUUUCAAUUACCAGGUUGCCACCAAGCAGCUUCUGUUUAGACUACUAGAUAUGUUGUCCAAGGAGCCUCCUUGGUGUGAUGGCUCCAACUGCUAUGAAUGCACUGCCAAAUUCGGAGUUACAACUCGCAAGCAUCACUGCCGCCACUGCGGACGUCUUCUUUGCCAUAAAUGCUCGACCAAGGAGAUUCCCAUUAUAAAGUUUGAUCUGAACAAGCCUGUGCGAGUUUGCAACAUUUGCUUUGAUGUUCUCACUCUGGGUGGGGUCUCUUAGUGGUUCAGGCCGCAUCCCCAGUCAUCUUCCCAGCAGCUGCUCUGCUUACCAGCCUGCCCCUCACCCAGAGCAGAAGCUGGCAGAUGUCUUCCUGCACCAACAGACUGGAACAUUUAAGGACCAUGGUGUGAUUCCAUUUCAAAUGAUGCUGUGUGGUUGUGUCAGACUGUGAUCAGUUUCACUAACAUCUCACUAACUGGACCAGGCCAUUUAGCCUAAGUGGUAAAUGUGAUAGGUGUUAGACCCAUUCUGCUAACAACAUACAAGGACACCUAGAAACCUUUUCCCUUCCAGUAGCUUAGUGUCCCAUCUCAGAGCAUUCAUGCAGUCUCCCUGCUUCGGCUGACUCAUGAGGCACAGCCUAGCAGAGUUGGAGGCGGGCUGCCUGAUGGGAGUUGGCCUUAUCCUAAGAUAGUGGCUGUGGACUUUUCUGCAGUGUUUUCAUACAGAGGAUCUUCUUGCCCUUUUUUUUUUUUUUUUUUUUUUUUUUUAAGGUAAGCUGUAUUUUUAGUGAGUUACCCCUUUUUAAAAGGUGAAAUCUUUCUAAACAGGGUUCAAAGAUGAGAGCUGAAAAAUCGUGGCCUUAACAACUGAAAGCUUUACCAGUGUUCAUGCUGCUGAGGUGUCAGGAGUGCAGGGUGGCAGCUUGACACCUAGUGGCUGUCUCAUUCUCUCGUCUUGCUGCGUCCUGUCUGUGGAGUCCUCAAUUACUCUGCCACUGGAGGUGGUGGGGGAAAUGCACUUUUAUUGUGCUGCACUUUUUAUAUAGCUGUGUUACUGGUGAUUUCAAUUUAAAAAAUCCAUAUCAAAAAUACCCUCACACAUUCUGGCAUCAUUGAUUCUCAUGUUCGGCUUUGGCUUCACCUCAGCCUACACUACUGCUGAGUGUUUCUUGGUGCAAGAGAUUAAUACAGGCCAAGUAAUGAGAAGGAAAAUAAAUAUGACUUCAAGCCGAGGGGCAUUUCCAGCUUGAAGCUUCAAGCUGAUGGGUCCUAUCUCCUCGACACUUCUGCUUCUUGCGGAAACCUUCCCUGGUUAUGCUGUGAGUGCUGCUGGUCCCAGUUCUAUGUAGCUUGCCCUGUCCAUGAGGGCCAGCAGGCAAAGGGCCUGGCUAAGAGUGUGCAGCUGGUUUAGAAGGCUCUCAAUUGGAUGUUGAAUGAGGCUCCUAAACCUGUUGGGCCUUAGUCGCUGCUAGUACAUAUAUCAACCCUGAGGUAUUAAACUCUGCUUUUCAAAGUUUGGCCAGUUUUCAAAAUAUGCAUGUUGAAAGAGAAACUUAUACCAUUGCUUUUUUAAAAACACCCACCUCUGGGAUGAACAACAUGGGGUGAGUAUACAGUUAUACUCAGAUUAAUGGUAUCAAUCAUACAUACUGAUUUUUCAGACAUUUAAUGACCACUACAUUUUUUGCAUUAAUGAAAUAUAGAUAUAUAUGUAAAAGGGACUAAUUUUUUUUUAAUGCAACAGCCUGUUUUCUUUUUUGAAUAGUGAUAUAUAUGUCUUACAUGUUGCUGUAGUUUUAUACAUUCUCUUGCCUAAAUAUGUGUGUAAAAUGUGCUGAUAAACCGGAGUGCUACUUUUUAAAAAUAUUUCUGUGAUUUAUAAGAUAUAUAUACUUUCUAUGUUAAUAUGAGCUUGUGCACAAUGUUUGAAAAGAAAAAAACAUUAGAUGCGUUUCCCUGUCCCCCAGUCUGUGACAUGUUUCAUAUGGAAGUUUUAUAGAAAAACUCAAUGAAGUCUUGUCAAAUGACCAUGUGAAGCAUGUGGCCAGUUUGUUUUCUUUUGCCUGAAAAGGGUCAUAAGAACAUAGGGUUUAGUUAAGUAGCUUAAUUCUUUAAUUGAAUUAAAGAUAAUUUUGAUUCAGAGCUGAAUUGAGAUGGCCGGUACAUACAUUGUUUGAAUGUUCAGUGGAGAGGGUAGGAUAGGGUUCAGUCAGGGAUGAGGCUGAUCUGCCCUUGCCCUGCCACACCAGUUUCAGUAACAAUCUUGUCUAUUAUUGCACUAAAAUCUUAAGAUCAUGUUUAAAAUAUGUUGAUUCAAGCUUCUGUUUCUUCAGAGAGUCCAGGUAUAGCAAUGGUACUGUCCAGCCAUGGAUUGGGGAAACAUCUUUUGAGUUCUGCAUUGGUACAUGCAUGUAGACAAAGAACAGGCAUCUUUCCUACAGUCUUAGGAGAGCUCCCUGGCCACACUGAUGCUCACAGGGCUGCACUCAGCAGGUUCCGUGGGGGGCAGCUGCCCCACAGGAGUCCAGCGUACACUGCCCUGGACCAGACACAUUCUGUGCACACCCUGUGCUCCGCAUGCUGUCAUGAUUUGACUACAAAACUGCCUAGCUGUUCUUACUGAAUUUUAAUCAGUGGCUUAAGUACUAAUAGCAAAAACUUAAUUUUAUUCAUUCUAAAAGUUUCCAGUGAUGAAUGAGUAGAGCAAGGAAAAUAAAUUGUACUGAAAGAUAAUUCUGUAUCAGUCAGCACUGAUUUUUAACUCCUUCUUGCUCAUUGCCAGACUUACUACACACUUUUUUUUUUUUUAAGACAGAGGCACAAACCACGUGCUAUAUAUAAAUGAGAUGGCUUAGGCUAAUUGCUAUGAUCCUUUAAAACAGGUGUCCCACAAACUUAAGUGCCUACACUUAGGACUCUUCAUUUUCAACUAACUUUUCAAUGAUGUCUCACUGGAUGAUAUAAUAGAACAUGUGUUUCAUUUGAGUUUUGUGCCUGUGCAUUGUCGACCCCAAUUACCAAUUUAGUCAAGGCUGGAUUAAACUGCUCAGUUCACCUGCCACAUUCUCUCCAAGGAGUGGGUUCCGUGUGACGUUUAGUCCUCUACCUCAAAGCCCGAGUCAUUUUGACCACCUGGAUCAGCUUCCUCACUCUGCCCGCUGAGUGGGUCUCCUGCACGGACCCAUUGGUCCCAUCAUUCUUUCUGAUUCAUGUUCCUCACAUUGCAUCAACCGUUCCUGCACGCACCCACUGCAUGGGGCAGAUGGAAGGUUUGGGAAGGGCAAGAACACUGUCCUCCAUGUAGGUUUCCUUCACAUGGAGAAAGACCACUUCUAGACUGUAAUGCUUAGCCCUGGAUGGCAAGCUGGCGGCCCAGGUGAGGGGCAUGCACAAGUUAGUGUACACUUGUAUCCCAAACACACUUGUUUCCCUCAGGCAAGCCCCAGAGGUGCCACCUGCAGCACCAGAGCUCCCCUCCAGCUGGAGAGAGGAGUGAGCAGAGAGGAAACAGCUUGCCAAAGCGUUUGGAAGCCACACUUUUAACUUUAUGGAAGCAAUUUUUAGUGAAGAGCUGAGGGUUGGAUCAGAUGUAAACUAAAUUCCCAGAAGUUACAGAUGCCUUAAAGACUUUCUUUGGAAGACUGUCACUUGUACAUUUCUUUCAUGUGGCAUAAAUACACUAACUUGUAACAACUGACAACAUUGGUUUUCUGCACCUAGGGAGUCUUGAGACUGCUCAACUUACUGACUUGCUUUUUUGGCAGAUGCGUAGAGUGGGCUGUUCUGUGACAUCCCUUUGGUACCUUGGGCAAGGGCAACAGUUGGGCAAGAACUGCAGGCACGUAUUUGGGUCAAUAACCUUGGCUUCCAGACCAUUAAGAGUGGCGCGCAGUGCGGGAUGAUGGCAUCUUAUGGGACCAUGUGUUUAUCAGCAUUAUUUCUUUGGAGUCUGUGUAAUGGAAUGUAUUUUUCAAAUAUGUACUGAUAUUUGCAUUUUCUGUAACAAUUCCUUAAUAAAAUGAGGUAAAAUUGUGCAUUUAAAGUGGAAACUUUAAUAAUACA